CUCGCACUCAUCUUCACCUGCUCUGUGUGCCCAGAGUUGGGCCCACAGUAAUGUCUUCCUCGUCGUCGCACCUACCUGUGCGUGUUCGGGGAGGAAUCACGAAGUGGCUGCUUCAGCAAAGGCUGGCCAAUGUGAAUGUGGUGGCGCAGCAUCCUUGUCUGAGCUUGACACCGAAGUCCAUUUUGAGCUUCAAGCCAAGAACAUUCUUCAGCAUGGACAUUUCAUCGAUUCUCGUAAUAUAAGUGUAUCAAGCACGAGACUUGACUUGCUGUUUGUCCAACCUUAACCUCCGCACUGCUUGAUCACGUCAGUCUCCGCAUCGACCCCGUACAACAGUCAGCGAAUGUGGCCUCCACAAUCGAUGAGACUAUGGAGCUGGAGCCUAAUUUUUUGAGGCUCUCAUUCGACAUGAACCUAAAUGAAUUCAACAGACGGCCGCAAAGCGACAGCCCAGCAAACAGGAACUACACUCCAGUCAGCACAUUAUUGGAGCCUGCCGUGGAACUGAUGGCAAAUACACUUUUCGCAAAUGCCAGCCUUCCGAACCAUCUCAUUGGGGACGGUUCGAACUCGACGUUCCUACCGAGCUUCUUCGAAGGUGAUGCUCUUUCAACGGACAAUUUAAUGGUAGCUGGUGCCGAAGGUUUUUGGAGAGAGAUCGAACAAGAGCUUCUUCCUUUCAAGUCCGACUCCAGUACUUGCCCCAAUUGGAGCGAGGUUCUGAUUCCCUCCUCCCUGGAUGCUUCAUUGCGGCACUGGUCAAACUCCCCAUCACCUGACGCUGCUUAUUUGCUUCCGCAGAACAGUACGUAUUCGGAUAUCACACUGCCUGAAUGUGGCCAUGAGCAUCUUGGGCUACUUGGCCCUUCAAGAAUGGGCUGCCAACUUCUGGAUUAUGCUGAUGCGCAACCUAUCUCGAUGUCUCAGGACGCACUUGGCGAGUACAAUUUAACCAGAUGCUUCGAUUAUACCUGCUCAAAUGUGGGUGAAAUAAAUUCUGGAUAUACACAGCUUGAUGGGCCUGCAAGUCCAGUGGUGGGGUGCCAUUAUUCCGAUCAUAUUGGCGAUCCCGCUCUAUGUGUACCACCUGAAGUCCUGACUCUUCAUUCAUCCUAUCGACUUCCUUCGUCUCUGUCCGACCACCCCAAAAGCCAGACAACUGAUGAGGAACAUGAACGUCUCACUAAAGUCAACGUUGAUAACCUCAAUAUGCCUUCCUCUCGACCCACACCGACGUUUAAAGAUCUCAUUGUCAACUUUGAUCUCAACCCAAAACCGUCACCAUCAAAACGGAAACGAAGCUCUUUUACUAGAGCCGGGAAGGAGAAAGUGAGGCUCGUCAGAGAUUGGGGUGCUUGUACAUUCUGUCGAUCGCGCAAAGUUUCGUGCUCUGCUACAGAAGUUUGCGACCAAUGUAGACGAACAGUUGAUGAUCCAGUUAUAGCUAAGCAGAUAUGUUUGCGCACGAGGAUACAAGAUAUCUAUGUAGGCGUGAAAGAAUUGCACGGACCCAGUCUUGACGCCAAAAAAGAAAGAUUGCAAACCUUUUUGACGUCGCUCGUUGGCCAUCCCCAAGCUGUUACACUUUCGCUGAACUCGGAGGCUACGAGCGACCGAAGCACAGCAGAGCUUCGCCUCCAAGUCAUGCAAUGCACGGUCUCGCCCAAAGGCUGUUGGAAGAGCCUUAAGAAAAUUCGCGGGAUCUACAUAACCUCCGUUAAGAUGGAUGAAAAGCGUUAUGUUAUCAUUCCAAGCUCACUUCCAGACAUUGACGACUUUGACACUUUCGGAAGAGACAUCUUACUAAUGUCAACUGGCAGCCUCUCAGGAAGGAUGACACGUCUUCUAGACGACUUUUUGUUCUGCUAUUGUAAGGGGGAAAGAGCUUCGAGACUGCGACAUCUUUCGAGGAACACCCUAAGAAUCGCAAGCUUGAGCAAUUUUGUUGCGUACGGUUUUCUCAACCUUCAAGAUGGGAGCUAUGACCUUCUUGGUCGUCUUGGUCACGCAGAGAGUGACCCUGGAAAUUUUGUUUCGGAGACUGUUCACGACCAAAUCCGAAUACUUGCCGCAGAAGGGCUCGAACCAGCAGAGAAACACGUCUUCUCUGAGCUUGAUAAUCUUCCGAAGAUUGUCGGCGCGAGCAAUCAUUCGCGAAUUAUUGCCGGCGUUUGCUUGCUAAGAUUGCUAUUGCUGUACCGUGAUCGACUGAUCAGAGAUCAAAUUAGGCUUGAACUGCCUGGCACUAAGCCAUAUCAUCAGCCCCGGCUCGAAAAGUCGGCGUUUAUGUAUCGACGACUGACUGUUGCAUACGGCACUCUCUGUCGGGAGCACGACUCUCCGCUGACCAUGACAUGGACAGACGAAGAAAAUAAUGAACACGUGUGUGAAAAUGAGGAGUUAAAAACGCUUUUUUCUCAACUUCGUUGCGCUUUUCGUCGGUUUUGUCGCGAGAACUUGACCGGCCAAUAUGAUGAUGUUUUCAAGAGUCUAAUCUCUGAGCCCAUCAAAGGACGCAGGACCAGGAAGCGGCGACGGACUGCAACAUAACUUUAGGGUCAGAUUAGAGAAGUCCGAAUUUGUGACUCUCCUACCAAAGGCGACCGUGAAGAAGGGUUUCAGUCACUACAGCUUUUCUGGACUCAGAAUUGUUCACGAAUUUUACCUUUCCUCGGCUUCAAUAUAAACGUUAUUCGACAUUUCAGGUGACUAUGGAUAUGAUUACAUGCUCUCAAAUCCUCUAGAGAUGAACCGUUUGUCUAUCAUUACAACAGCUUCUCUGCAGCAGGCCACCUAUCCCCCCG